CCUGUUGUUGUGUUUGUAUAAAAGUUUAAAACUCCAAAGCCCACUUUCAAAACACCCAAACGGAAUAAACGAUCCAUUGGAGAAAAUAAGCAAAACCAAAGCUUAGGAUUACCCUCUAAUCUUUCUCGCAAAUAGAAAAAGAAAAAAAUAGCAUUGUGUCUUAGAUAUCGAAGAUCUGAUAAGAAUUUCUAAACAAUUUGUAUAACUUCUGGAGAGGUCCAGUUUCUCUCCUGAUCUGAAAAUCCAUGGCGCAUCCAAGGACGAAGCUACUUUUUCUGCUAUGCGCUUUGUCUUACGCGCUCGCCGCCUUUGCAGGGAAGAGUUAUUAUGAGAUAUUGCAAGUGCCGAGAGGAGCAUCGGAUGAGCAGAUCAAAAGAGCGUAUAGGAAGCUGGCAUUGAAGUAUCAUCCUGAUAAGAACCCCGGGAAUGAAGAGGCCGAUAAGCGAUUUGCGGAGAUUAACAACGCUUAUGAGGUGUUGUCGGAUAGCGAAAAGAGGGGCAUAUAUGAUAGGUAUGGAGAGGACGGCCUGAAGCAGCAUGCUGCCAGCGGAGGCAGAGGAGGAAUGGGGAGUAACUUAGAGGACUUCUUCGGCAUGUUUUUUGGUGGCGGCCAGGCAGAAGAGGAAGAGAAAAUUGUGAAGGGUGAUGAUGUGAUUGUUGAAUUAGAUGCAACACUGGAAGACUUGUACAUGGGAGGUACUCUUAAGGUUUGGAGGGAGAAAAACAUUUUAAAGCCAGCUCCAGGUAAACGACGCUGUAACUGCAGAAAUGAGGUCUAUCAUAAGCAAAUUGGUCCAGGGAUGUUCCAACAGAUGACUGAACAGGUUUGUGAGCAGUGCCAAAAUGUCAAAUAUGAACGAGACGGAUAUUUCGUCACAGUUGAUAUUGAGAAAGGAAUGCAAGAUGGACAAGAGGUGGUUUUUUAUGAAGAUGGUGAGCCUAUAAUAGAUGGAGAACCUGGAGAUUUGAAGUUCCGAAUUCACACAGCACCCCAUGAUCACUUCAGGAGGGAAGGCAAUGAUUUGCACACCACUGUCACCAUAACACUUGUUCAAGCUCUUGUUGGUUUUGAGAAGACCAUUAAACACCUUGAUGACCAUUUAGUGGACAUUAGCUCUAAGGGUAUUACUAAGCCCAAAGAGGUGAGAAAGUUCAAAGGAGAAGGAAUGCCAUUGUAUUCUAGCGACAAGAAAGGAAACCUGUAUGUGACCUUCGAGGUUUUGUUCCCCACAUCACUGACGGAGGACCAGAAGGCCAAAAUCAAGGCAGUUCUUGGCUAGGAUAGCGGAUACGAUUUUUGUUGGGUCCUAAGAUUGUUCCCAUUGUAACAUGAUAUGAGGAUACAUAGAAACUAGGAAAUCUUGGAGGGUUUCUAAUUUCCUUCUCUCCCUUUCACCUAUUUCCUCCCUCAUUAAUUAACAAAAUACUUAACUUGAAGUCUUAAAAUAUUUUUGCUCUAAUACCUUCAACUGUCCAGCAAUUGGGAGGGGCGUUUUUAGUAUAACAUUCUUUUUUGGCUCAUACGAGAUACUGUUCUCUAUCUCGUUUCUUGUUUUGUGUUCACGAAAUAGUUUUAAUGAGUUGCUACUGUAAUUGUCAUUACUACUAUUA